GUUCUUGUCCAACAGCUGUAAGUCAGUAAAGGACAAUGGCUUCUGUUGAACAGCAUGAUAACACACUAGAUGAGCCGGAAAACAAAAAAGGAGUCCAGAUGAGCAGCAGUGUUGUAUCUAAUGUGAAAGCUGAAACAGGAGCAACUGUAAACACUCCUUUAUUCGCUGGAAACACCAUCAACUCAAUGACCAUCAACUGCAUCUCAAACACUGCGGGAAAUGAGCCACAAAAAACCUUGGAGACGGAGAAACUAGAGAAACAACAAGGUUCAACUGCAGAUGAAAGACAAGCUACUCUUCAUGAUUACACAGAGACCAGCCGCACACUGAAGGACAAAUUAAAACAGGACUACGAGCAGAUAUUGGUUGGUAAUUCACAGACGGGUCGUCUGAAAAACCUGAACGAUAUCUACACUGAUUUAUAUGUGGUGGAGAAUGAGACUGGAGGAAGAGUGAACGAGCACGAGGUGAUACAGAUCGAAUCUCACAACCGACCGACUGCCAAGGAGAAGCCAAUCAAGUGUAAUGACAUGUUUAAACAAAACUCAAAGGUACUGACGAUGGGGAUCGCAGGGGUGGGAAAAACUGUCUCUGUUAAUAAAUUCAUCCUUGACUGGGCUGAAGGAAAAGAAAAUCAGGGUAUAACCUUUAUUUUUCCUCUGCCAUUCCGUGAACUAAACCUGAUUACAGAGAACUGCAGUCUCACAGAACUGCUUCACAAACACUUCUUUAGUGAUGAUAAAGAACUGCCCUCUCUUCCUAAAGGUAAUGGUAAAGUCUUGUUCAUUUUUGAUGGACUGGAUGAAUGGCGCUUCCCUUUGAGUUUUGAAGAUGGUGGCAAAUUUACAGAUGUUCACGAGAAAACAACAGUGAGUAAGAUAGUUACAAGCCUCAUCAAGAGACAUCUGGUUCCCUCUGCUCUCAUCUGGAUCACAUCCAGACCAGCAGCAGCCAGUCUGAUACCCCGUGACUUCAUUAAUCAGGUGACAGAGGUGCGAGGAUUCAACAAUGAGCAGAAAGAGCAAUACUUCAUCAAUAACAGCAGUCCUGAGGUUGCUGGAAACCUCAUCAUCAGUCACAUCAAGAAAUCCAGGAGCCUGUACAUCAUGUGCCACAUCCCCGUCUUCUGCUGGAUCUCUCUCACUGUUCUUCGACGUCGACUGGAUCAAGAGAGCAAUGACAAAACUCCCACAACUCUCACAGGGAUGUACACAAGCUUCUUACUUUCUCAGAUGCAGCAGAUGAAAAAGAAGUACCCUAAAGAUCCUGAACUUAAAGACAUUGACAGUUUUUUUAAUGACCUUAUUUUAAAGCUUGGGAAACUGGCCUUCCUACAGUUGGAGAAAGGAAAUCUGAUUUUCUACAAAGGAGAUCUUGUUGAAUGUGGACUUGAUGUUGGUGAAGGGUCAGUGUUCUCUGGUUUAUGCACUCAGAUCUUUCAGGAGGAAACUGUUUCAGCCAGAAGCGUUUACAGCUUCGUUCAUCUCAGCGUACAAGAAUGCCUUGCUGCCAUCUAUGUGUUUUUUAACAACAAAGACAAGAAAGCAAACCCAUUUUUGCCAUUCUGGCCAAAAAUGACAGAGAAAUUCUCCAAAAAGCCACAGUUUCAGCUUCAUAAGGCUGCAAUCAACAAGGCUUUAGAAAGCAAGAACGGACACCUGGACCUUUUCCUCCGGUUCCUCCUGGGUCUCUCACUGGAGUCCAAUCAGAGUGAGCUGAAGGAACUACUGCCAAAACUGAAAUUGAAAACAGAGAACGUUAAAGACACUGUUGACUAUAUCAAAAAGAAAAUAGAAAAUGAGGAAUCAGUAGAGAGGACCAUCAAUCUCUUCUACUGUCUCAGUGAACUGAAAGAUGACUUUGAGGAGGAAAUCCAGAAGAAUCUGAGCUCAGGAUAUCUUUCAGCAGAUCUCUCCUCUGCUCAGUGGUCUGGUCUGGUGUUUGUGCUCCUGAUGUCAGAAGAGGCUCAAGAGAAGUUUGAACUGCAGAAAUACAGAAGAUCUGAUGAAGCAGUGAUGAGACUGCUGCCAGUGAUCAAAAACACCAGAAGAGCACAGCUACAUAGCUGCAAUCUCACUGCUCAGUGUUGUGAGAGUUUGUCUUCUGCUCUACAAUCCUCAAACUCCUUUCUAAGAGAGCUGGACCUGACUAACAAUGACCUGCAGGAUUCUGGAGUGAAGAUGCUUUCUGAUGGACUGAAGAGUCCAAACUGUCAGCUGGAGAUACUGCGAUUGUCUGGCUGUAUGGUGACAGAGGAAGGCUGUGGUUGUGUGUCUUCAGCUCUGAGUUCAAACCCCUCACACCUGAGAGAGCUGGAUCUGAGCUACAAUCACCCAGGAGAUUCAGGAGUCAAGCUGCUCACUGAUAAACUCAACGAUCCAAACUACAGACUGGAAAAACUCAAUGUGGAUCAUGGAGGAGAGAUCAGGAUUACAGCAGGAAUACACAAAUAUUCCCAUCCGCUCACUCUGGAUCUGAACACUAUGAAUGACCUUCUGUCUGAGAGGAACAGAGUGAUUACUGGCACACACACAGCCCAGCCGUAUCCUGAUCAUCCAGACAGAUUUGAUGAUCUGUGUCCUCAGGUGUUGUGUAGAGAGAGUGUGUGUGGACGCUGUUACUGGGAGAUCGAGUGGAGUGGUGGUGUGUUUAUAUCAGUGUCAUUUAAGAGCAUCAGGAGGAAGGGACGGGGUGAUGAGUGUCGGUUUGGAUAUAAUCGUCAGUCCUGGAGUUUGUCCUGCUCUCCCUCCAGUUACUCAUUCUGGCACAAUAACAGACUGACUAAACUCCCUGUAGAGCACAUCUUCAGUGGAACAGGAGAGUGUGUGUGUGACUGGAGAACAGGAGUGUGUGUGUGUUACAGGAGAACAGGAGUGUAUGUGGAUCCCAGUGCAGGAACUCUGUCCUUCUACAGCAUCUCUGACACAACGAGCCUCAUACACACAGUCCACACCACAUUCACACACACACUCUAUCCUGGGUUUGGGGUUUAUUAUGAUGGAUCCUCAGUGAAACUGUGUUGAUGAGUGAGAACAGACUGUAGAGAUGGGCCGUCCUACACAUUGCAUAGGGAUUUUGUAUUGAACAUAACUCUGGA